UUUUUUGUACAUAAACUUGGAAGAGAGAAGACAGAGAUAGUUUGUGGUGUGUAGAAAAGCCCAUUUAACAAUUAAAUUUUAGUUUCAAUUCAAUUGAAAAAUGAAUUAAAAAUAAUCUCGUGUCGUAUAAUAUCAUCGGCAGUCGGCGUGCUUGACUACUUACUGAGUGAGUGCUUGAAUAUUCGACUUUAUAAAACCCAACAACAGUAGAACUUCAGCUCCAAUAGCAUUCGGAACAUUAAGCAAUCGUCAUCGCUACCGUCUUCGUCGUCGUUGUCGCCGCCGUCACCGUCGUCAGUAUUCUCAAUAGUGGCUAGUAAAUUAGGUAAAGGUUGACCAUAAGAUACACCCAAAAAGGAACUUCUAGGGUUGUUGUAAUAAUAUUGACAAGGCCGUGUGUCAUUCAUCCUCUGGCCAGAGCUAAAGACCUGUUUUUUUUGGGAGAAUAAGAAAAAGAAAUGUGUGCGGGCAUCGUCGAAGACGAAGAGCAUUCUAAAUAUUCAAAGUGAAAGUUUCCACAAACCCGAGAGAAAUAAAGUUUUGUGUUUGUUGUUGUUGGAAUUUUCUUUUCGUGUUUUUUUUUCUUUUGUUGUUUGUUGAGAAAUCGGGGAAGAACAAUUGAAUUUUGUUGCAAUGCAAUUCGCUCAACCACCCACCGCCACCGUAGUGAUUGCGGCCGCUUCCGCAAAUUCCGUCAAUGGUAAUGGGUCACCCAUGAAAACCGAAGAAACUACGUCGGCUUCUUUGACGGCCGACAUCACAUCAUCAAUCGAUAAUAUUUAUUACAAAUCUUACCACGAUCUAGAGAAUCUCUGUUUGCAGAAUGGGGUGUUUUUCAAAGAUGACCCAUCGGAGAGGGGACAACGUCUGCAUGCGGCAUUGUUGGCCUGGGUCGAUUGGAUUCAUUUGGCAAAAGAGCUGGUAGGCAAGGUGCGCGUAUUUAUGCAUGAAUAUGAUUUUGACGAGCACACUCCUGGCAAUGGGUAUCGAAGUUUCGUGACAGUGACCAGUGCUUGUAUCGAGUAUGGACUGAAAAUAGUGAAGAAUCUCACUGCGACUCGAAGUACGAUGUUCUUUAGGAAGAAAUUCUACAUGAAGGAAGUGGAGUCGUGUAGUCAGCUACUGCUGAGCCUUUGUACGUGCCUCAAAUAUUUGUUAAUACUCCGCGAAUGGUCGCCAGAUGGGGAUCUAUUCGCCAAGGGGGAGCACUCAGCCGAGGAACUCUUCGAAAUGGGUGACACCAUCAAUCAGUAUUGCUUCUACGGUAGGUGUCUGGGAUUUCAGUAUACCGACUCGAUUAGGGGCGUGUUGAGGUUCAUUUCCAUAAGUAUGGCUGGCUUUUCGGAGUCCUUCUACAGCGAAGAUGCCGAUGGACCAAUUGCAAAGACCACGCGGUCCGUCUGGACCGGCAGCAAGUACUUCCUGAAUCCAGAGUUGCGAGCUCGGAGAAUAGUGAAUAUAUCACAAAACGCCAAUGUGGACUUUUGUAAGUCCUUUUGGUUCUUGGCUGAAAGCGAACUGAUGCACAAAAUUCCCAGCAUUGUUGGGAGUUCGAUAAAAGUAAAUAGAAUCAUCGAAAUUCCAUCGGAACCGCUGGAACUGCCAUUGGUGGCAAAAGCGGAAGCAGACGAGGCGUACAUCGAUAUACCAGUGCCUAAGAGCCAUGUGGGACCAGGAACCGUUUCGGUUCGCCUCCUUAGCUAUAAUCGUCGUCAGGGAAUGAUUGGUGAGGGCAAUCGUUGGAGGAAGCUACUUCCUCCAAGCAAUAGUAUCCUGUUCCAUUGCCAUGGAGGGGGAUUUGUCGCGCAGAGUUCAAAAUCUCAUGAGCUGUAUCUGCGUGAUUGGGCUGUGAGUCUGAAUACACCUAUUCUUUCGGUGGACUAUAGUCUGGCUCCAGAAGCUCCGUUUCCGAGAGCUUUGGAAGAGGUGUUCUAUGCCUACUGUUGGAUGGUAAAAAAUGCCGCUUCCCUAGGUACAACAGCAGAAAGAAUUGUCUGCGCAGGAGAUUCAGCUGGAGCGAAUCUGUGCAUCGGUGUCGCUCUCAAGUGCAUCGAGUAUGGAAUUCGAGUGCCCGACGGGAUAUUCCUCGCAUACUCACCGACUUUGGUGAGUUUUGUUCCGAGUCCUGCAAGAUUACUCUGUUUAAUGGAUCCUCUCCUUCCCUUCGGCUUUAUGAUGCGUUGUCUUCAGGCCUAUGCUUCGCCGAGUAAAAAAAUCCUCGAUGAGAACAAGAAGAAAACCCAAAUCCUUAACAGCAUCACAAAUGCAUCACUAAACAACAUCACCUACUACCUGGACAGCAAUGUCAACCCCUACGCCAGUUCGCAGACCAGUCGACGCACCUCAUCGACCAAGAGUCCAGUCUCCUCGGUAGCUGAGAACUCCAACUGGGAAAACAUAAAAGCCGGCGAGAUUCGUGAUGGAACUCCGAUAAAUGCAACGACCUCGGGUACUGAUGAGAGUAGUGACACCUUCGCUAGUGCAUCCUACCACAGUCAGACAGUCGAACGAACCGAUUUACUAUCCCCAGAGGAUAACAGUUCAUGUGUGUCCUUCGAAUCGGACUCCCAACCGAUUGUCCAUAUGCCCCCGACCAUUGUGGCCAAUGGAAAUGGCAAGCCUGCUCUACUCACAUCGGCAGACAUGGAGAAGUCCGAUUCGGAACAUUACAUCGAUCGUUUUGUAGACAAAUACGUUGUCGACACGAAUGGCAUUGAGGCUAAAGAAAAUGGCAGUUAUCCGAUUUUAAAGCAAAGUCCUGCAAAAACUUCCUCCGAAGAAAAUUUAAUGAUCGAAACUGGCAAAGAAGUUAUUGCUGUCGAGAGUAUUCAUGGAAAGCUUAAUAAUGCCGUAAAUAGUAUUUCAUCGACUCUAAGUAAAUACAUCACAUCCAGUGAAAUAAAAACUGGACACAAUAGAAAUCGCAUACAAGACUUAAGGAAUUUAGACGCUUUGAUAGCGAGGAGUCCGAGUGUUGAGUUCCAAUUUGAUGUGCCGAAGGAUCCAUUUUUAUCGCCGUAUUGGGCUAAGGACGAGUGGUUGGCUAAAUUUCCAGCUACGAAAAUUUUGACACUUGAUAUGGAUCCAUGCCUUGAUGACUGUGUUAUGUUUGCCAAAAAACUAAAGAGCCUAGGAAGGCCGGUUUCAUUGGACAUCCUCAAAGGUCUCCCUCAUGGUUUUCUUAAUUUUACAAUGCUCUCUAGUGAAGCAAUGGAUGGCUCAAAACAUUGUAUAAAAUGCAUCAAAGAAUUAUUAAAUGAAACAUAAACAAUAUUGUAUGCUGUUUAUUGUGAUUCCUAAUGGCUUAUGCAAUAUAACCAACUAUGAUAUUAUUUUUCUAAUUCUAUUUAUUCAUUUAAAACAGCACUAGCUCUAUAUACAUACAUAUUUAUUAUACAUUAUAUAUUUAAACAUACUUUACUACGCAUUUUAUUGUUAAACAAUUGUAAAAAAAAUGCACUGGCAAUGGCAGCUUAUUUUUUUUUAUUUUAAAUAAUAAUUAUGUUUAUUAUUUGAGAAUGUUUUCAUUUUUUUUUUAAUUUAAUUAUAUAUUAUAAUAUUAAGCUUAAAAUAGCAAUUCAAUACACAUUUUAUAUACAAUUUAGCAUACAUUUAUAUUUAUUAUAAUUAUUAUUAUUACGAUGUAUUAUUACGUAGAAUAGGUGGGUUUUACACAAUUUAAUUGGGUGAUAUACAUUUAUCUACAAAAAAAGCAAAAUAAUGCUAUUUAUUAAACACAAAUAAAAAAGAAAAAUGUCUUUUAUGAAA